AGGAAGCGAGACAGGAGGUGGGCGAUAGGACAGGAUAAAUCUGGCAACCCCCGAGCUUCCAUCUUUGAUUGUGCGACGGGCCGCGGCGAGAGCGGGCCUCACUGCUCACUCACCUUAGCACAACGCUCUUGCUCCCCGGUAAACGGACGCGGAGGGACCCAGAGCGCCCACCGGACGACGUCGUACCGGCUCCCUCGAGCGAAGGCCGAAGCGACGAGGACAGUUCGACCGGCGAACCGCGGACGUGGACUCGGACGCCCUCGCAAACCGACGAGCCGAGCGAGCUAACUAGCCGGUGCGGGGCUAGCCAGCUUUUGUAAUCCGCCGGCGAGACACCCAAAACUCGCCGCCGCGAGCCUUAUUAAAAGACAGAAUUCCCAAAACAACCCAAAAAAUAAAAAGGACAAAAGGAAGCACCGGCACUGGCAGGAGCUGGUUCUGGUGGCUAGGCCAAAGGACCAGACUCAAUGAGUUUCCAGCGAAAUGUCAGAGAAGUCAGGGCAGAGCACCAAGGCAAAGGAUGGCGGCAAAACAAAGUAUGCGACCCUUAGCCUCUUCAACACUUACAAGGGCAAGUCUUUGGAAACCCAGAAGACUGCAGUCGCUGCCAGACAUGGGCUGCAAAGUUUGGGCAAAGUUGCUGCCAGCAGGCGCAUGCCCCCUCCCGCCAACCUGCCCAGUCUAAAGGCGGAGAACAAGGGCAACGACCCAAACGUCAACAUCGUCCCCAAAGACGGCAGCGGCUGGGCAUCCCGGUCCGAGGGGGGAGAAGAGAGGCAACAAGAGACACCCCCGCCCCAGGCCAAACCAGCAGUGGUCCCGCCUCAAGAGCCUACCACAGGGGGAAUCCGGUCCUGGGCGAAUAGCAAGCAGACGCAGCUAGAUGGAGCUCCUCGCGUGAGCAGCCACUUCCACCAGGAAUUCCCCAGCUUGCAGGCGGCCGGCGAUGGAGAGAAAGACGGACAGCAGGAGGAGGAGGAGGAGGAGGAGGAGGAGCCAUACGGACCGGGCCCCAGCCUCAGACCUCAAAAUGUCGGCAGUUGGCGUGAGGGUGGCGGGAGGAAUUUGAACACCACGUCCAGCCCCUCUGAGAUGGACAACAGGCCCCCAGAGGAGGGAAGCGCGGGCCCCGAUACCUCCUCGACACCCGAGGAUGCCGACAAGACUGGCCGUAAGAUAACCACUGACAGCCAGCGGGAGAAGAGGGACGGCAGGGACAAGCUGCCCCCCUCAGGACCCUCUCAGGCUAAACUUAAUGGGGGCCAGCAACCACCCGCUGGUGUGCCCUCCCAUUUUGAUCCCACGUUCAGAAGCAUGAUGCCACCCUAUAUGUUUCACGCUUAUCCUCAAGUGUCACAAGGCCCGAGACAAGCCAAUGUCCGAUACCCUGUGGCACAAGAUGGCGUGAGGUGUCCUCGCUUGGCACGACCACAGCAGCCACCCCCUCAAGCGUGGCUCCAGGAUCCGGACCGACCUUCGAUCGUAAGCGCAACGGAACUCAAAGAGCUGGACAACUUGGACACCGAUGCCGAUGAGGGCUGGGCAGGAGCUCAGAUGGAGGUGGACUAUACAGAGAAGCUGAACUUCAGUGAUGAAGAGGAGAACCAAGCUGCUAAAGAAAAAGGAGAAAACUGGGAGUGGAUGGGCAAAUUGGAGCGUCUGAGAUCACGUCCUCCAGACGGUCAGGAGGGUUCAGAGGAGCAAGGCGGCGGUAAAGCGUCGUGGGCAGACAAUGUAGAUCCCAGAGCGCCGUCACCCGGCAGCACGGGGCACUAUAGCAAAGCUGCUCCCCCGCAAGACUACCAGGGUGGCUCUCGGGCAAUUAGUGGCACCGUGGCGCGUGGCGGCAAACCACAAGCUGCCGCUGACGAGGAGUCUGAAGCCUGGCGGCAGAAGCGCAAGAAGUCAUCAGAAGUUUCCGAAGCAGUGGAACGAGCCAGGCGCAGGAGAGAGGAAGAGGAACGGAGAAUGGAAGAGCAGCGCCUCGCUGCGUGCGCUGAAAAAUUGAAACGGCUCAAUGAAAAACAUCGCCAAUCGACUGAGGGUCAAGCCAGUCUGCCUCAGACCGCGUCUGAAGAGGUUCUAGCUCACCAAGAGGAAGCUCCAUCAGCUCCUGUUCGCACGUCUAGUCCUGCACCUUCAAUCGCAAUUUUACAGCCACAAGCCUCUGUAGUGCAGACUCAUCUACCCGAGAGGGCGGACCAGGACGGGGAGAGGAUCAAAUUAGAGCGAGCCGAACCAAACCCAGAGGAAGAGGAGAAGGAGGAGGAGCCACUACCUCAACGUCCCAUCUCCCCUGUACAGUGGCCUGUGGUCUCAGCACCCGACCCACCAAUUGAAGCGGAGAACACAUUGGCAGAAGUCGAGCCUCUUGUAGACGAGAACCAAACUGAACCGACAACAGUGCCUAUCCGAGACUAUUUCAAUAUGGAGGAAAACCGAGUGGAUGAAACGCACCUGUCACUCCCUCACAUAGACACCCCAAGCAGUGAGGAUACAGCCGUUGCACCCACGCUGCUGGAGGGAGAGGCUGCCGCUGCUAUGCGUCCUUCCCUCACCUCCGGUUACUCCAAACAAUUUCAGAAAUCCCUGCCGCCUCGUUUCCUCAGACAACAGGAGCAAAUGAAGCAGCAGCAGUGGCAACAGCAGCAGCAACAACAAAGUGGGGGCUCAGUGUCUCCAUCAGGUAGCGGUGGGGUUCCAUCUACCCAACAGCAGCAGCAGCACCGCUCAAUGUAUCAACCCAUCGGACCACAUCACCAGCACCUGGCUUCCAUGGGCUUUGACCCACGCUGGAUCAUGAUGCAGUCUUACAUGGACCCUCGCAUGAUGUCAGGGCGUCCUCCCAUGGACAUGCCCACCAACAUUCACCCUGGGAGGAUUCCCCCGAAGCAGAUGGCACGCAGAGAGCCAGGGGACAACUCCAGCUCAGACUCCUUUGACCACUUAACCCGACCCAUCCGUGACCAUGGCCUGCCGUCUGACUCAAGGAUGGUAUGGGGGUCCGACCCGUACCCGCCGUCGGAACCACUGCCUUCUGUAACUCCUCCUAAAGGGCGGGAUGACCCCAAGGAACCAAGGAUUGACUCUGGUUUGGAUCUGGAAAGGGGACUGCCGCCAAUGUAUCCCCAGGAACACAGUGCGCUGGACUCCCGCAAGAGUAACUUUUUUAGGGACCCCCCUGAGCCCAUAUCAGCCUUUUCGAAGAGCCCCGAUGAUGUGCCUGGACCUAUGGAUCGGGUUCCCGUCACCUCGGGGUUCGACCCUGAUGAGUCGGGUCUGCCGAGUGGGGAAGAAGUUGAAGCACUAGGAAAAGCUAUGCUCCAGAGAAGUGUUUCCCAGGGCUCCCGUCACUCGCUAAAGCUCGAUGAGCCCAGGUUUGAUGGGCUACCACUGGGAAGCAAAUCAUUAGAGCUGCAGGACACAGUGGACCGGGCUGACGAUAAGUCUCAGAACGAACUCUUCACACCGGCCGGAUUAACCAACAAUAGGGCCACACCACCAUCUGACGGACUACACAAACCAGAGAAGCUGCCUCUACCCAUUCUCAGCAAGCAGAAGGUUGAGUUACGCUGGGGUGGGAGGCCCGGCCGCAGAGAAGGACUCGGGGGAGAGAGACCCCUGCGCAGGUCGGGACCAAUUAAGAAGCCUGUUCUAAGAGAUAUGAAAGAAGAACGAGAGCAGAGAGAAGAGAGAGAGAAGCGUCACGAGAGAGGAGAAAGGGGGGAUAGGACCAAAAAAGACCAGUCCUCCAAAGCUCCCUCGGUGGCUGCUGCUGUCUCUGCCGCCGCCGCUGCUGCAACUGAAGGCUCCAGAGCACAAGGUGACAGCAAGAGAGAAGUUGCUGAUGUUGAGGAAACUCAUAUUGGCCUUCCUAAAGCCAGAGAGUCCCUAUCCUCUGGGGUUCCCACGUCUUCCUCUCAGGAGGAUAAGGCUGACAAACUGCCCAGCAAUGACAAGCACGCAGAACCCAAACUACCCUCCAGAAAGGAGUCAAAUCUUGCUCUCCGUAACUACCGACGAGAGGAGAGGGAAAGGGAUCGAGAGCGGGACAAAGAAAUGGACAGAGACCGGGAGUGGCCGGUCGACGCCAACUUCAAAGGUCGGGGUCGAGGAGAGUAUUACUCCAGAGGGCGGAGCUUCCGUGGGACGUACAGCGGCCGAGGGAGAGGCGGUCGUGGUCGCAGCAGAGACUACCCUCACCGAGAACCUCGAUCCCGCUCAGAUUUACCUUCUGGAGCUGCAGCCUUCCGUAACAGGGAGGAAAGCGAGACACGCAGCGAGAGCUCUGACUUUGAGGUUAUACCAAAGCGCAGACGCCGACGUGGCUCAGACACGGAUUCCGAAAGUGAGGGUGGAAGGGAGUCUGCCAGCGAUACUGGACCAUCCGAUCGCGAGCCUAGCUCUAAGCCGAGCCGCCCGCUUCGGCGCGAGCUCCCUGGCGAGGCACGUUCUGCCCUCCACAAGCCAGGCUUUGGACCUCCUCACAUCAUGGAGAAGGUGGGAUCUAGAUUUGAUGACGAAGGCAGGCCCAAACCAGGUUUUCUUCCCAAAGGAGAGCCUUCUCGGCGAGGAAGAGGAGGGUUGUAUAGCAGACGAGGUGGAGCUAGGGAACGUGGAGGCCCCCCCCGCUCGGUCCCUCUGAGAAGGCCAGCAGCCAGAGAUUCCUCCUCUCAGUGGCCUUCCAAGCCAAUGGAGACAUUCAGACCCGAGGACAUGGAAUCCACAUCAAGAUACGAUCAUCCGACGUCCGAUCGACGGCCACCAAGGUCUGACGGCAAGAAAUUUAUGGACGGGGGCCCUCAGAGUAGCAGAGAGCGACCCCGCCGAUCCAGACCAGCAAGACCUCCCAGGCAAGAUAAGCCGCCCCGCUUCCGGCGGCUAAAGGAGCGAGAGGCUACAGUGCUGCCAAGUGGAGAUCCAGGCCCAAGUCCCCCUGUGUCUCUACCCCCUGUGCCUACUCCUGCUUCUGCCCCUGUUCCUGCUGCCAUCUCUGCACCUGUAUCUGUCUCACCGACCUUAUCAAGAGCACCAGGAACCCCUGUGACUGUUCCUGCAGAAACACAAGCAAACGCACCUGCACACAACCACCCUGCUCCCCACGACGGUCCCUUCUCAGAGACGAGCGGCCUCAUUGCUGUUUCUGCUGUUGGGACCAAGUCCCCUGACUUGUCCAACCAGAACUCCUCGGACCAAGCCAACGAGGAAUGGGAGACGGCCUCUGAGAGCAGUGACUUCAACGAGAGGAGAGAGCGAGAGGAAAGGCGGGGAGCACAGGAGGCCACCAGCAACCCGGCCGCCACCCCGGCGCCUGCACCCCCUCAACGCUCUCUGACUCCUAGUAAAAGCCCCCCGGAGGGAGUAGUCUCGCCCAAACGAGAUGGAGCCGCCGUUGGCAAGAGGAGUUUCUCCAGCCAGAGGCCAAUUGAGAGACAGAACCGAAGAGGCAACAGUGGAGCCAAACCGGGUCGCAGCUACUGUGGGCCCAAGGGGGACCGAAGGGGAGGAGCCAAAGGUGGCCGCAAAGGUCCCGGUGCUCAGCUAAACUCUGACGCAACCGCAUUAGCCUCUGGAUCAUCGAGGUCCGCCAAAGAUCAGGCUGCCCGCCGCAAAGAUGAGGCCAAGCUGGCUGUCAAGAAGCCCAAAGAAAACGCUCUCUCUCAGUUUGACCUCAACAAUUAUGCCAGUGUGGUCAUCAUUGAUGACCACCCUGAGGUCACCACUACAGAUGACCUGCAGUCCAGCACCAACGAUGACGGUUUCACUGAGGUGGUCUCGCGGAAGCAGCAGAAACGUCUCCAGGAUGAGGAGAAGCGGAAGAAGGAAGAGCAAACUACUCAGAAUUGGGGUAAAAAAGGCUCCGGUGAGAAGAGCAGAGGUGGUGGAGGAAAGUUACCUCCAAGAUUUGCUAAAAAGCAGUCAUCACAGCAGCAGCAACACCAGGCCUCCACACAAUCUCAGCCUGCGGCACCAGCAUCCACCCCCCAAGUCCAGCCACAGCCUUCCAUCUCUGCCCCCCAGCAUCCUCACCUCCCUCCCGCCCAGCCAGCCGCACCCCCUCAGACCCUGGAAGGAACAGUGCCCUCUGUGCCAGCUGCCACUGUGGACUUUACCUCAAAGAGCUUAGCCCCUGCCGCCGCCGCCGCACAGACGCACGGCAAUCUGGGUACCGAGCUGUGGGAGAAGAAAGUAGCAGGCCCGGCCGUCCUCCCUGAUGUCAAGAAGCUGGGUCCCAUCAGCCCUCCUCAGCCUCCCUCUGUGAGUGCCUGGAACAAACCUCUGACCUCCUUUACCGGCACCGUCUCCUCUGAGGGCGGGAAACCUGGAGCAGAGGGCGGCGUGGAGUUGGCCAUCGACAGUAUUCAGUUUGGUGCGCCAUCGUCCGCCGGCAGCACGGACAGCGACGGCGUUCCUGCUCUACUCGAGAGCACCACAGACAACAAGCUUCCCGCGCCUAAAGAACAGAGACAGAAGCAACCUCGCGCUGGAACCAUCAAAACACAGAAGCUCCCCGACAUGGAGUCUGUGGAAACAAAGGAGUACAAGCCAGGUCCGAUCGGCAAGGAGCGCUCCUUGAAGAACCGUAAGGCAAAAGAUGCCCGUGGAGGCGAGGGCGAGGGGAGGGAGGCAGGAGUGCCGGGUGGCAGCAGUGUCAACAGAGCCACCGCAUCCAGUCCUCCCACCAGUGACGCUGCGGUCGCUGAGCUGGGUGGGGACAUUGAGGGCAUGAUCACAGUGCCCUCGGCCGAGUACACUAGCAACUCCAAGGAGUCUGUUACGGACUACACCACCCCCUCUUCCUCCCUCGCUGACAGCGUUCCGAGUGGAAACAAUAAAAUGGAAGAGAGUCUGGUUGCCAAUGUGGCACUACCACACUCGUUGCCCCUUCCUCGACGGGAGACCCUGCAGCAGAGCUCCCCUCUGAGCACAGUCUCCCCCGCUACCGUUGACCUAACACUAAAGAUGGAGUCUGCUCGCAAAGCAUGGGAGAACUCGCCAAGUCUGGAGAAGAACUCCCCGGUCACCUCCUCUUCCUCUCCUAUCACGUCCUGCGCGUCCUCUUACUCCUUCUCCUCUGCGUCCAUGCCACAGAUACCAGUGGCCUCCGUUACCCCCAGCACCUCGCUUUCCGUUCAUCAUGCAGGAUCGGGCACCUACACGACGUCGUCCCUUGGCACCAAGACCACCACGGCCUCUGACCCUCCCAACAUCUGCAAGGUGAAGCCCCAGCAGCUGCAGGUUGGGAGCCUGACCUCCAGUGGCAACAGUGUUGGCAGCAGCUUUUCCCAACUGGGCUGCGUGCCCCCCCUGCUGCCCCAGCAGCAGACGCCGCAGGUUUACGUGUCUCAGUCUGCAGCAGGCUCUGCAGCUCAGAUUCCAGCCUUCUACAUGGACACUAGCCAUCUCUUCAGCACCCCACACCCACGCUUGGCUCCUCCCUCUUUGGCACAGCAACAAGGCUUCCAGCCCGGCCUCUCGCAGCCAACAGCGGUGCAGCAGAUACCCAUCCCAAUCUACGCUCCGCUGCAAGGGCAGCCCCAGCACCAACACACACACCAGGCCCAACUCGGACUCGGCGCAGGCCCUCCAGUCUCGCAGCCUCAGGACCUGUUCAGCUCCUCGCUGCAGUACAGGUCUCAGCAGGCGUUCAUGCAGAGCAGCCUGUCGCAGCCCUCCAUGAUGCUGUCAGGGCCCUCCAUGCACAGCUACCCCGGCGUGCAGGCCCCCGAGCUGGGCAAGCCUCAGUCCAGCCUGGCCUACCAGCAGCCUUCCUCCACCCAGCACAUCCCCAUCCUGUUUGAGCCGCAACUCAACCAGCCGUCUGGCAUGGGGGGAUCCCAACUUAUCGACACCCACCUGCUGCAGGCUCGACAGGGGAUGAAUCAGCAUUCCAACAUAUACUCGGGGCAGGUGCAGCAGCAUGGCCAGAGCAGUUACUACAGCAACACCCAGUCCCCCAGCUCUGCAAUGCAGCAGGUGACAGUCCCCCUGCCUGGUUCCCAGCUCUCCCUGGCCAACUUUGGGUCGGGUGGCGGUCAGCCCCUUUUGGCGAUGCCACCCACCCCUCCACAGCCGCAGCCCCCCAACAUCGGCAGACAGCCGCCCAUCUCCCAGCCGUACCGAAGCCUCAUGGGCCACAGCCACAGUCACAGUCACAGCCACAGCCACAGUCACAGCCACAGCAUGAUGCAGCCUCCCACCAGCAAGAUGGACAUGGACCUCAAGCUGUUCGGCGGCGGGAUGGAUGUGAAGCCUGCAACUCCUCCAGUCAGCGCCCGGAGCACCACGCCCACCUCUAGCCCUUACAGGGCAAGCUCCACCUCCCCCAGCAGCCAGUCAGCCAAGUUGAACAGCAUGUUGUACCAGAAGCAGUUUCAGCCCAACUCUGGCAGCAUGAGGAUGACUCAGCACUUUCCCAGCCAGUUCAACCCUCAGCUUCUGUCCCAAGCCAACAUGGUGUCCCCUCUGGUGCGGGCGCCUCACACCAACUCGUUCGGCGGCGGCAUGCAGCGCUCGCCCAUGGGCCCGCCCAUGACCCCCAACAUGGGUGGCGGCGGUGGCCUCAUGCCGCACCCCAGGCCUCAGCACCCGCAACACGGCCAGCACCCUCAGCACCCUCCUCCCCGGGGGCCCGGCGGACCGCCCAUGCCACCCAGGGGCACGCAGGCCGCCCUGAAGGCUGAGCAAGACCUCAAGGCCAAGCAGCGCGCCGAGGUCCUGCAGUCCACCCACAAGUUCUUCUCAGAGCAGCAGCAGCUCAGCAAGGCGCUCAAGCCGCCGCCCCAGCUGCUGGACGCCGCCCCGUCCCAGAUGCCGCAGCUGCCGCCCCCCAACGCCAACCCAGACGCUGACAAGCCGCCCCAAGUCUCGUCGUCGUCGUCGUUGUCGUUGUCGUCGGCCAAGCCCGUCCGCACCGGGCCCAUCAAGCCGCAGGCCAUCAAGCCAGAGGAGGGCAAGUAAAAACGGGAGAAUCCAGACAGCCAGCAGCCUUUUAUCAGCUGCGUGCGCGUGUGCGUUCAUGUGUUGGGGAAAACAGAAGAGUUGACACAGACCUGUGCAUUUUUUUGUUUUUUUGUUUUUAUAUAAAAAAAGAGGAUCACUUUGGCCUGUCGGGCGACUGAAAGAAUCUUAUUUUGUGGUGAAAACAAUCUUGUCGAGGAGACUCGGUUGAGCUAAUCGUGACAUUCGAGCGCCAUUUCACAACACAUCCCAAAUUGUCUCCUUUUUCUUUCCCAAUGUGAAAAUCGAUCAUUUCUGUCACGCGUGUGUUUGACAGGAUGUUCCUGUAUAUUUAGCCAAAGGUUAAAACAGCACAGGGAGAAUGUCGUAAGAUUGCUUGAAAACACACGCACACACAUAUUCAUCAAAAGAAUGCAGGAGGAGCUGCAAUGUGAACUAUGUUGGCAGAUUUUCUUUUUUUUUUUUUUUUUAAUAUAAAUAUAUACUGAUGAGAGGCAUCAAUGCUGUUUUUCCCCGCGUGUCAGCCUUCUGUCCCAAACAAGCAAGCAAAGCCGAGCUCGUUCUGGUCUUUCGUCUCUUCUUCGCCUUCUCCAUCGGAGGCUCCCUCACACACAAAAUGGUCACCUUCCUGCUUUCCAGGCUGUAAAAGGAAGUUUGGGAGGAUGAGUGAGUGGAUGAUGGAUGGAUGGAUGAAUGACAGAGAGGGAGGGAGGGAGGGAUUGUCAUGAUUUUUUUUUCUUUGUUUUGUUGUACUUGUACAGGGGUUACAUCGCUGUAUUAAAAUAUGUACGGUCUUAUUUACAUUCUCUUGGUUUGGUUAAAGAAACUAAUAAAAAUAAAAUACUGUUAAAGGAU